AUAAUAUAAUGACGGAAUAUAAAUAAAAAAAUGUUUAAUAAUGAUUUUUGUCAAUUAUAAAUAAUUUGUGCGUUGCCCUAGGUUGGCGCAUGCUCACAUUGUGGUGGCCGGUUGGCGAAGUUACUAUGAAGGAAGAAAUAUGCACAAGAUGAAGACCUCUCAGAAAGACAAAGUCCGUCAAUUCACUUCCUGCACCCAAACUAGCGAGAAGGUUGCCAUUAUUUGUCUCGGUUUGCACGAUUGGAAACUAGAUGUAGCCGUCGAUAAUUACUUUCAUGAUCCGGACCGCUACAAUACAGACCAAUCUCGACCUCCAGUGGUGGACAAGAGAAAGCUGGACGGACUCUGGGUCCGCUACAAAGAUCCUUAUGAGUCGGAUAAGAUGAUGGCUGAUGGCGUCUAUCGCUUUCUUGAAGAUCUUGGCUUAAAUCCAGAAUCAAGAACGGUCUUGAUAAUUGCCUGGAAAUUUAAAGCAGAAACGCAAUGUGAGUUUACAAGAGAUGAGUUCUUCCAAGGUAUGACAGAUUUAGGAUGUGAUACAGCUGAUAAACUCCGUGAUAAAUGUCCAUCACUAGAACAAAUUAUUAGAGACAACACAAAGUUCAAAGAAUUUUAUCAAUUUACAUUCAAUUAUGCCAAAAAUCCUGGCCAGAAAGGUUUAGAUCUUGACAUGGCAUUGGCUUAUUGGAAUAUUGUUUUAGCUGACAAAUUCAAGUUUUUAGACUUGUGGUGCAAAUUUUUACAAGAACAUCAUAAACGAUCUAUACCAAAAGACACAUGGAACCUCUUAUUAGAUUUCUGUAAUAUGAUUAAUGAUGAUAUGAGUAACUAUGAUGAAGAAGGUGCUUGGCCUGUACUUAUCGAUGACUUUGUGGAAUAUGCACGUCCAAUUAUCCAGGGUUGCAGAAGUACCACUGUAUGAGUGUUGGCCUUCGGUUGAUCAGUCAACCUUCUUCCUACUGCUCGUGUGCCAACGUGACUAUGCCUGCGCUUGAUACCACAAAAAUUAAAGCCACAAUGAUGACAUUUAAAAAAAAAAAAAGGAAAAAAAAAGCAGAACCUGAAAGUGCUGUUAAUAGGUGGUACAUGUCACUGCUCACCUACUAACACACACACCUUCACAUUGGCAGUCUCUAGUCCCCUCUCCCCACCAUUUUUAUUAUUAUUAUUAUUAUUACAAUUUCUAGUGUUACCAUCUAAAAGGCUUUCUUUGUAGUCAGCAAACUGUUAAUAUUUAAAGACAAUUUCCAUUCUGUGCUCUGGGACAUCUUUCUCAAUUGGAUUUAUUAGAGCAAGAAAAAAAAA